UUGCAGGCGCUGGUUUGGUAACACAACGAAUCCUCACUCAUCGGCGUACCGCAACUUUAUUGAUGUCAGCAUUACGGUCAAUGCUAUAACAACCAUCAUUUUGCCCAUAUUUUUGCUCUCGUUUCUCAAUGUUUUACUGUUAUGCACAUUGCGCAAUCGUCGCCAUUUACUGCUCGUUUCGAGCAACCAGAGAAGAGAACUGCAGGUGCAGUGGUAAGC